UAAAGGCAUAAACACUCCACUGUGCUUUCCUUAGUGCUAGCUGUGCGUGCGCUCUGCUGGUGAGCUGCGAGGGCAACAAUGGCUGAAUUCGUGGUUGGGGCGCUGGUCAAAUCGCUGAAGGAGAAGGCAUCCAGCUACCUUCUGGAUGAGUACAAGGUGAUGCAAGGCAUGGAGGAGCAGCGCGAGAUCCUAGCGCGCAGGCUCCCGGCCAUCCUUGACGUCAUUGAAGACGCGGAGAAGGGGGCUAGCCGACCAGGAGUCGGUGCUUGGCUCCAAGCAAUCAAGAAGGUGUCCUAUGAGGGGAUCGACGUCUUCGACGAGUUCAAGUACGAAUCGCUCCGGCGUGACGCCAAGAAAAAGGGACACUACGUCAAGCUCGGGAUGGAUCUUGUAAGCCUCUUCCCUGCUCGUAACCCCAUCGUGUUUCGUUACAGGAUGAGCAAGAAGCUGCACAAGAUUGUGCAGAAGAUAGAGGUCCUUGUGAAAGACAUGAAUGAUUUCAACUUCACACAGAGGCAGCAUGUGCCAGUGCCGCCAUCAGUGCAGCUGCGGUGGCGGCAGACCGAUAGCAUAAUGGUUGACUCUGAUAUGGACAUUGUCAACAGAUCCAGAAAUGAGGAGAAAAUGAAGAUUAUAAAGAUUUUGCUUGAGCAAGAUGGUCAUUGUAGUGGGGGGGUUCCCAUGGUUGUUCCUAUUGUUGGAGUGGGUGGUCUCGGCAAGACUACUUUUGUGCAGCUCAUUUACAAUGACCCUGAAAUUGAGAAGCAUUUCAGUCUCCGGAGGUGGUGUUGUGUGUCAGAAGAUUUUGACAUUGCUAAUAUUGCAAGCAAAGUCUGCCAAAGACAUGAGGAAGAUCGUGAGAAAGCAUUGCAGGAACUGCGGAAAGAAUUGAGUGGGAAGAGGUAUCUUAUUGUGUUGGAUGAUGUCUGGAAUCGGGAUCCUGAUAAGUGGGGGAAACUGGUGACAUGUCUUAAGCAAGGUGACAGGGGCAGCGCAAUACUGACAACAACUCGUGAUGCACAAGUAGCUCGAGUUAUGACCAUGGGUGCACCUGGAGCCUAUAACCUUCAAAAUUUGGGUGACAAGUAUAUGAAGGAAAUAAUUCAAAGCAGAGCCUUCAGUGUGCAAAAGCCAAGCAGUGACGAGCUGGAUGUGGUUGUUGAUAAGAUUGUCCACAGAUGUGUUGGUUCUCCUUUGGCAGCCAAAGCAUUUGGCUCAAUGUUGAGCACCAAGAGCAGUAUACAAGAAUGGAAGGAUAUGUUAGCAAAAAGUCAAAUUUGCGAUGAGAGGACAGAGAUUUUUCCUAUACUGAAGCUCAGCUACGAUGACCUGCCGUCAGACAUGAAGCAGUGCUUUGCAUUCUGUGCUGUGUUUCCCAAAGAUUAUGAGAUUGAUGUGGACAGUCUGAUCCAACUAUGGAUGGCUCACGACCUCAUACACGCGCAAGCUGAAGAUAAUCCUGACUUGAUAGGUAAAGAAAUUUUUAACCAACUAGCUUGGAGAUCUUUCUUUCAAGAUGUGAAGCAAACCCCACCACCGAUUGAUGACUAUGGGAGACGAAAACAGCUCCGUAGUGGAAAAUUAUGUAGGAUGCAUGAUCUUAUGCACGAUGUGGCUCUGUCUAUCAUGGGAAAAGAAUGUGCAACCAUAGCUGAUAGGGCCAAUGUGAUGUCAUUGUCCAAUCCUGCUCGCCACAUGUUUAUAUCAUACCAACGACCUGGCACUCGUUUGGAUGAUUUUCUGAAGAAGCAUUCUUCAACACUCCAAACGUUGUUAUACUCACAUCCGUGGAUUUAUUAUGAGUCAGCACCACAUUUAUCGAAGUACAAUUCCUUACGGGCAAUGCAGCUCUGUCGACUGAAAAAACUUCCAGUUAAGCCAAGGCACUUGCAGCACCUUAGGUAUCUUAACUUGUCAAGCAACUGGAUUAAAGAACUUCCUGAAGAAAUAUCUUUACUAUAUAAUUUAUUGACCAUGGAUGUUUCUCAUUGUUGGUCUCUUUGCCGGCUUCCAAAUAAUAUGAAAUAUAUGAGAAGCCUCCGGCAUCUCUACACCAAUGGAUGCACAUCAUUAGAAUGCAUGCCUCCUGACCUUGGACAAGUAACUUCUCUACAGACUUUAACAUAUUUUGUGGUGGGUUCCAGCUCCAGUUGCAGCACUGUUGGUGAACUCCAACACUUAAAUCUCAGCGGUGAACUAGAUUUAAAUGGCCUUGAAAAUGCAACUGAAGAGCAUGUGAAAGCUGCCAGUCUUGGAAUUAAAGAGAAACUCACACACUUAUCUCUGAAAUGGAAUAGUCAGGAUGACGACGAAUUAAUAUCAGAUUGUCACAGCAAGGUGCUAGAUGCUCUUAAACCUCCUGGUGGGAUGGAGAUGCUAAGGAUAGUAAACUACAAAGGUAGCAAUAUACCGACAUGGGUGAAAGAUCUUGGUUCAUUUCAGCAGAAAUUGACAGAGCUCCAUCUAAUUGGAUGUACAAUGUGUGAAGACUUCCCUGAAUUCUCUCAUAUGAGAGUUCUUCAAGUCCUUCGACUGAAAAAGCUAUAUAAACUGCGGAGCCUGUGCAGAAACAUAGCAUUCAUGGAUUUUCCAGCAUUAAAAGAACUCAAGUUGUGUGAUCUGAAAAGCCUGGAGAGAUGGGUGGAAACUGAAGCAGCAUUCAUGGACGAAAUAACCUUUCCUCUUCUUGAGAAGAUUUGUAUUAAGGACUGUCCAAAAUUGACUAGUCUACCUGAAGCACCGAAGAUGAAGGUGAUCAAGAUAAAAGAAGACAAGGCACAGCUGUCCCUUUCAUUAAUUUCAGCCAGAUACAUGUCUUCAUUGUCUGUGUUGGAAUUGCAUGUAGGAGGCACAGAAGCAGCGCUGGAGCUUGAUCAGAAUCAGGAAUUAUCAAUUGCACAAAUGAGUAUUAGAGGCUGCAGCUUUUUAUUCACCUCAAGUUCAUCACGACAUAUUGCUGGGAUUUGGAAAUGGUUUGGACAGCUUCAAGAACUGGAGAUUAGAGGUUGCAGUUGUGUCAUCUACUGGCCAGAGGAAGAGUUCUUUAGCUUGGUGUCCUUAACGAAAUUAAAACUUGUUUGGUGCACUAAUCUAACUGGCCGUGCACCAGUGAAUGGUGUAGCAACAAGAGCAAGGGAUGAGCUCCUACCACAGCUAAAGAAACUAGAGGUAGACGGAUGUGAAAGCUUAACCGAGCUGUUCGUGCUUCCUCGAUCUAUUACACAUAUCAAUAUUGAUGGGUGCUGUAGUUUUGAGUUCAUAUGGGGAAAAGAUGAUACAGAGUCGAUGAGUGUACAGGUGGAGCAUGGCAAGGACCUCACAACAGCGCCAGAGCAAUUGCAAGGAAGUACUAAAUCCUUACCUUGCCUAGAGACUCUAUAUAUACGUGGCUCUGAUAAGUUAGCAACACUUCCAAAUAUACCACCAUCUCUCAAAAAGUUAUCAGUUUAUCACUGCCCAGAGCUUCGUUACAUAUCAGGGCAUUUGGAUGCGCUCGUGAAUGUGGGUAUUGGCUCCUGCAACAAGUUGGAAUCUCCAGAGUGGGGCAACAUGCCCGCAUUAAAAGAUUUCGGACUCAUUAGAUGCAAACGUCUAACAUCCUUACCUGGCAGUCUUGGGAGUUACUCUGCUCUUAUCAGGGUUCUGGUCGAAUACUGCCCUGCCAUAGAUAUGAGGCCUCUUUAUGAACAUCUCCCACAAAGGCUUGACAGCCUUGAAUAUAAAGACUUGUCACAUGUUCGAUCAAGCGAUCCUCGUGAAGGACCUAAACUUCGGGACCCAAAAUCUUGGAUAUAUGCUAUUCCAGGGUGCAAGGAUCGGGUGUAUAGCUGACACUCGAAUUCCUGAAUAGUGAUCUGCCCCAUUACCACGAAGCACCGCUGAAUGCUGAUGCAUAUAUACAUUUUGGGUGGUCAUGCUGGGUGAGUUGCAGACAUGCUCAUUGACAUGAACAACAAGGGAGGAGCCACUGACAAGGGAUGUGACCCACUGCACAGCAUGUUGUUAAGAGGCAGUCAGGCAGAGAGGAUGACGGUGUGGGCGGAAGUGCAGCAGAGGGAGCACAACAAUGGAUUCACCGAUUGGAGACACCGUCAGAGAUAGGCGCAGGUGGGUCAAGAAUUUGUAGGUCGCAUACGAUUUACUAUAAUGCUACCAAUGUAGCUCAUGAAACGGAUUCACAUGGGACUAAAGCAAAUUAAAAUCUGAUUUAUCGCUAUUUGAAUAAUAGUUUUACAUUUUUUUGAAAAGGAACUAUUUACUACUAUUUCCAUUUCUUUGUUAUCUUUUUAUUAAUAUUAUCAUAUAUACUCUUAUAAACAUAGACCCGCUA